GUGCUAUGAUGAUUGAGAUUGCUCGUCAAUUACGGUCGAUUAUCUGUUCUACAGCGUCUGUUUCAUGCACACCCGUCCGGGCGAGCAGAUCGCCUAGCUUUAACAGGCAGUUGAAGAUGAACUUCUGAACUUUAUCUGGACUGCAGUAAGGAGGCGGUGAAUAUUGGGCUGUGACAGCAGCCUUGGGUCUGUCACUGAUGAUAAAGUCUUAUGUUCGAUAAGCGUAUACUGCUCUCAGCGAGGGGAUGUGCUCUUUAUAAUAUUAGCUGCUGACUUGGAUCUCUCAGUGUUGAAUAGUAGUAAAGCUGUGGUAUGAUACUUGACUGAACAUACUGGCUGUUGUAUCUACACAUUGUGCAUGAAUAAUGAUGACUAACAAUGCAGCACAACCCCACCAUGUGAAAAGCAGAGAUCGCAACCCCUCUAUCAUCUAUAUCACUUAUAUACCACCAAACCAAAGACUUAGAGCAUGCCCAAGAACAGGAAAAACCCCCGAGAUGCAUCCAAGCUCUCCGGAAAACCCCUGGCCGACACCCUCGAGCCGUCCCCCAUCCUGAGCCCCGAAUGGACGACCUCGCGCGACCUGAUCGAGCACGACCUCCCCUUCUCUCCGGAGGUGAUCAAAGACCUCACUGUCUUCCUGCUGGAGAAUAUCAACAUCAAUGCGACGCACCUCUUCCGCGCGGAUAUCCUAUACGAUAGCUGGGGCGCGCUGAGCACCCCGCAGCAGAAAGCGCAGUCGUUUGCGCAGACGGGGAAUCCCAAUCUCGAAGAACCUGCCGUCGCGUCUCUCGCGGACAAUGACCUCCCUGGGAGUCAAGCUGACGAGCGCGUCGAUCCCCUCCCGGCGAACGACGUGCCCGGCUUCAAGCUCACUCGCACGGUAGUCCGCAAUCUCAUCCCGCGGAAUCCCAAGAUCGACCGGCCGCUGGCGCAAACGUGCCAUUUCUAUGAAGCCACAAACCGCACCGAAACCUCGACUACAACCCGCUUCCUAAUCAUCUACAUCCCCCACCUCACCAAGAAGGAAGAAGUCCCCUUCUACCACCCGCUCCUCCGCGCCCUCGCCACCCUCUACGACUUCACCGACACCACAUCCCCAGCCGGACCUCCCUCCGACCAACCCACCAGAAAAGGAACAGGCACCCUCUCCCUCCACUUCCUCCUCUUCCCCAACGAACCAAUCCCCACCCGCCUCGAACGCACCCUCCACGCCCUCCUCAGCACCCAAAUCCGCCUCGCGCGCGGCACCCGGCUCGCCGACAAACCCCCCGGCGCAACAAGCGGCAACACCAACCCCAUCAAAGACAACGUCAUCCCGCAGCACCUCGUGCAAAACACCUACCUGCGCAUCAAGCUCAAGUACGCGCCUGCUCUGUGCCGCGACUGGGUGGAGGACACCGAGCCGUCGAAGCAUGUCUUUGAGGAUUUGGCCAUCGCGGCGUUCCUGAUCGAGUUGUGGAGGAGUAUGUACGGGGCUGUUCCUGGAGAUGAGAGAGACUCCACGCAGAGUGGUGAUGUGUUUCCUGGCUUCGUGGACGUCGCUUGCGGGAAUGGCCUCCUUGUUUAUGUCCUCCUGCAGGAGGGCUACUCGGGCUGGGGCUUCGAUGCGCGAGCGCGCAAAACGUGGGGGAUUUUUCCCGAGGACGUACGCGCUCGUCUCCGCGAGGAGAUAUACAUUCCUUCUCCGUUUGCCGAUGCCAUUACCAGCGAUCUCAGCAACUCCGACGGAGUCAGAGAAGAAGAAGAAAAUGAUGAUGAUGAUGGAAAAUAUGACUUUGAUGUAGGCGUCCCAACACACACGGGCUCCUUUCCCGCAGAUACCUUCAUCAUCUCGAACCACGCGGACGAACUCACCGUGUGGACACCGCUUAUGGCCGCUCUUGCGAAUCCGUCCUCCCCGUUACCGUUCCUGGCUAUACCGUGCUGUUCGCAUGCGUUGUCUGGGGCGAGACAUCGGUAUCCGCCUCCUAAGGGGAGCAAUAAAUCCAAAGAUAACAAGAAUCACAAGGCCUCCAAUGUUCCCUCCCAAGAUGGUAGGGAGGAUGGGGAGGAUGAACAGCCCAUGUCAGGCGACCUCGCCGCCCUCCGGCAGAAGAAACAACAAGCGACGGACCCGUCGAACGCAGGAUUCGACUCCUCCAUGUAUGGAUCUCUGACUGCCAAGACGGUCGCUGUCGCGACGGAGGUCGGCUACGAGGUGGAGAGAACGCUGUUGCGGAUCCCUAGUACGCGCAAUAUGGGAAUUCUCGGAGGGAGGGUUCGCACGACGAGGGAGUGGUGGGUUAAGAGGGGGCUCGAUGAUAAUAAUGGUGGUGCUGCUGCUGCUGUUGGUAAUGGAGCCGGUGCCGGUGGUGAUGACGGUGAAAAGGUGAUGCAGCAAGCAACACAUCUAGUGCAAAAAGAAUGCAAGACAGAAGGAGGCGUCGAAGCAGCGGCUAAGAUAUGGGUUGAUCGGGCGAGGGGAUUGCAUCGCGGUCAAGGGAGGGGGAAGCAGCCUAGACAUUGAGUUGGUAGACCUGCCUUAUAUAGAUGGAUGGAUAGAUGGAUGGAUAGAUAGACGGAUGGAUGGAUGGAUGGGUACCUAGGUACUAUCCUGUACUAUAGGUAUCGUGUAUAGAGUUGAGAUACCCGUUGUUAAUGGAUCUACG